UAGCAUCUAACCUUGGUACCAAGACCGACUACAGAAACUGACCGUAUCGUUAGCUACCUAUCUUAUGAUGUAAAAAACAAGUCUGCGUAUGGUUCAACUGAUAUUCAUUCAUAGUUCAUAAUAAUUGCAUUUAUCUAGAACACAGUGUUUGUGAAGUUUAUUGACGUGUAUUGUUGUUUUUUUCCCUCGCAAUUCAAUUCGGUGCUAUGGUUCAGAAAAAGUUCAUUUACGAGGAUUUAGAUCCUGAAUUGGAGCGAAUUUUAAUCGAUACUUUUACCACUAAGUAUAGAAAAAAUUAUAAAAAAUGCGAAGGGUUUUUGUUUCCUCAGUCUAUUAAAAAUUUCGCCAACGCGAUUAGUGAAGUGAAAAUUCGAGAUGAUGAUGUUUGGGUGUGUACUUUUCCUAAAGCGGGGACAACUUGGGUGCAGGAAAUGGUCUGGUGUUUAGCUAAUGGAAUAGACCAUGAAGAUGUCAAGAAACAUAUCAAUGAUCGAUUUGCAUUCUUAGAAUUUUCAGCUCUAUUUGAUUACACCGAAAAUUUGGGACUCCCUGAAAAUUCAGUCGGAGAUGUUGAAAAACUAGUUUCGCCUCGGUUCAUUAAAACACAUCUGCCAUUCAACCUACUGCCUGAAAAUUUACAAAAUUUUUCAACCAAUGCUAAAGUCAUUCAUGUUGUAAGAAAUCCAAGAGAUACGUUGAUUUCAUAUUAUCAUCAUUGCAGAUUAAUCGAAGACUACAAAGGAUCUUUUCCUCAAUUCGUCGAGUUGUUUUUUAAAGGAACAGUACCAUUCGGACCAUUCCCAGCUCACUUGAAAGGAUACCUAGCGCACGAAGACAACCCAAAAAUCCUAUUUUUGAAAUACGAAGAAAUGCAAAAAGAUUUAAAAUCAGUGAUCCAUAAAACAGCAGAUUUCAUCGGCAAACCCAUCAGUGAAAGUCAAGUGGAAAAGUUACUCGAUCACUUAUCGUUUUCCAGCAUGAAACAAAAUCCAGCCGUGAAUUUCGAACCAAUCGUCGAAAUGAAGAAAAAAUUGAAAAUGAUUGACGAAAACGAUGGGCAUUUCAUGCGUCGAGGAGUCGUUGGAGAUUGGAAAGAUAGACUGGAUUCCGAACUAUGCGAACGGUUCCAGAAAUGGGAAGAAGAAACUUUGAAUGAGAUUGAUUUUACGUUUUCUGUUUAAAUUCUUUAUCGAUUCAACUAAAGUAGACAAUUGUUACUUUGUAAGUAGGAAAAUAUUUUGUUCAAUAAAUUAUAAAAAAAAAUCACGCGCAUUUU